AUGACGAAUAACUGCAAGGCGCCAUUCUCCAUCCUAGACCGACAUGCCUGUUCCCUGGAUCCCACUCUUCCCUCAACAGUCACAUUCCAACCACCGCCUCCACCACCUCCUGAAGUUGCCCCUCCCGUGACCAACGGCACGUCGGAGAAAAGAAAGGCGAGCACGCCACCAGCCAGUGAAGAGGUUCCGAAGGAGAAGCGGGCACGAACGGAGGAGAUGGAAGUUGACAGCGUGACCACCUCAACCGAACGUACGUUGAAUUUGGUUGUAGUUUGA